GCGUGGCCCUGACCCCAGCCUCUUCCAAGACCCGGCUCCCGGGCUAUGGCCGGAGGUGGGCAGGUGGUACUGCGGACGCUCUCCCAGCAGGGCUGGGUGCGGGGCUCGGGCGCAGCCGUGCUGAGCCGCCUACAAGACGCGGCCGUGGUGCGGCCCGGCUUCCUGAGCGCGGCCGAGGAGGAGACACUGAGCCGCGAGCUGGAACCCGAGCUGCGCCGCCGCAGAUACGAAUACGACCACUGGGACGCGGCCAUCCACGGCUUCCGAGAGACAGAGAAGUCGCGCUGGUCAGAGGCAAGCCGGGCCAUCCUGCGGCGUGUGCAGGCAGCCGCCUUUGGACCUGGCCAGACCCUCCUCUCCUCAGUGCACGUGCUGGACCUAGAACCUCAGGGCUACAUCAAGCCACACGUGGACAGCAUCAAGUUCUGUGGAUCCACCAUUGCCGGCCUGUCCCUGUUGUCUCCUAGCGUCAUGCGACUGGUGCACACCCAGGAGCCGGAGGAGUGGCUGGAACUCUUGCUGGAGCCGGGCUCCCUCUACAUCCUUAGGGGCUCGGCUCGUUAUGACUUCUCCCACGAGAUCCUUCGGGAUGAAGAGUCCUUUUUUGGGGAGCGUCGGAUUCCCCGGGGCCGACGCAUCUCGGUGAUUUGCCGCUCCCUCCCUGAGGGGAUGGGGCCAGGGGAGCCUGGGCAGCUGCCCCCAGCCUGCUGAGCUCCUGGACCAUUACCCCAAGCUGUUCAGGACACCAUGUUUGUGAAUAAAGUUGUGAAUAAUGUUGGAGAAUGGA